AUGGGCGAGGCGCCGCCGGAGGCGUCCUACCCGCUGGACGACUACCCUGACUGGAACGGCACGGGCGCGCCCGACUACCCGAGCGACUACACGCCGCCCGCGCCCUGCUCGCUGCGGGACGUCCGGCGCUUCUCCCGCGCCUUCGCGCCCGCCGCCUACUCCCUGGUGUGCGUCCUCGGCCUGCUGGGCAACGCGCUGGUGGCGGCCACCUUCGCCCGCUACGGGAAGGCCAGGUCCGUGACGGACGUCUACCUGCUGCACAUGGCCGUGGCGGACCUGCUGUUCGCGCUCACGCUGCCCUUCUGGGCGGCCAGCCACGCGGCGGGCGCGUGGGUGUUCGGCAGCGCGCUGUGCCGGCUGGUGAAGGGGGUCCACGCCCUCAACUUCCACUGCGGGAUGCUGCUGCUGGCCUGCGUGGGCGCGGACCGCUACGCGGCCGUGGCGCGGGCCGCGCGCUCCUUCCGCCUCCGCGCGCGGGCGCGGGCGCGCGGCCGGCGGGUCUGCGGCGCCGUGUGGGCGCUGUCCUGCCUCCUCUCCGCCUCGGCCUUCGCCCUCAACCGCGGCUACGAGACCCAGGGCCGGCGCGUGUGCGAGGCCAAGUACCCGUCCUUCUCGGAGCCCGUCACCUGGAAGCUGCUGGCGCUGGCGCUCGAGCUGCUCUUCGGCUUCUUCGUGCCCCUGGCCGCCAUGCUGUUCUGCUACGCCUCCGUCGUCCGGGCCCUGGUGCGGGCGCGGAACGCCCAGCGGCACCGCGCCGUCCGCGUGGUCGUCGCCGUGGUGCUCGUGUUCCUCGCGUGCCAGGUCCCGCACAACGCCGUCCUCCUGGUCACGGCCGCCCAGCUGGGCAGCCUGGACAGGCCGUGCGACAGCGAGCGGCUCCUGGGCUACGCCAGGACCGCCACCGAGGCCCUGGCCUUCCUGCGCUGCUGCCUCAACCCCGUGCUCUACGCCUUCGUGGGCCGCAAGUUCCGCAGCUACUUCCUGAGGGUCGUGAGGGACCUGUGGUGCGUGCGGAGGAGGCCCGCCGCCCGCCUCUCCUGCGCCCGCGUCUACUCCGACAGCUGCGCCUCCCGGCAGACCAGCGAGAGCGCCGACGCCGACGCCUCGUCCUUCACCCUGUGA